CUUGCAGCACUCCCAAAGCAACAAAAGACGGUGACAAACUAGCGGCUCCAACCUGUUGCGUGCUGCACUGGCAGAAGCAAGUCCUCUUCAGCAGUCAGUGAGUUGCUGCAGGUUCUAUUGUAACAACUGGUGUGCUCGUUCCCGUAAUCUCCUUGCCUUGCUGCCGUACAGUGGUGGCCUCAGUACAAGAUCAAUCCACAAUCUCUCUUCUCGCUCUGCCUUGUUCCUGUGCGCCGUUGCUGCUCUGAACUCACGACACGGACACAACAACCGGCCCCGGUGUAUCUUCUAUUCUUUCGACCCUUUUGACCACUGUACAAGACGCCAAUUCCGCUGACUUUUUCAGGGUCCACUUUUCCUUUCAUUCAUUUUGUUUGAGCUUGCUGUCAUCACAUCAUCAUCCAAGUGAAGUGAAUCAAAUCAAAUCAAAUCAAGUCCAAUCCGUCGACGAUGUCGGCAACUAGCAGUAGCACGUUGUAUUGGAGCACGGAGACUCCCAUCCGACGCCACUCGUCGUAUGUGAAUGGUCGCGUGGCGUUUGGUAGUAGUACUGCGGCGAGCCCAGCAUCGACAGCCACAACCGCUCGCUUGGAGGAUUCCUUUGAAUCUCCGAGUUCCUUUGACGAUCCUCACGAAGUAGAUCAUGUUGACGACGACGUCAAUGAAGAAGAGGAAGAUCAGUCCAGCAGCCAAGAAGAAGCACCCAGCAAGGCUACACAAGAACUCGAUACGGUGGACGAGGGUGACGACGAUUCCUCCUCGACGUCGUCUUCCAUGAUGGACGACUACGAACCCAAUCUGGCCUUUUUACACAAGACGCCCCCUCCGCGACCGCAUGCCGUCAUGGACCACAUGUCCCCGGAACGACGCAAACACCGCUCGUGUCAAUCGCGUCGUGGUGGUGCCUGUCAUUCUGAUCUUCUCAAGAGCGCCGUACUCGCCACACUCGAAUCCUACGAAUCCGAGCCCGACGAAGACGUCCAUCGUUCGACAUCCACGUCGUUGGCAGGAGACUCGCGCGGCAGUGCCGACAACAAUUCACGAUCCUCUCGAAAACGAACCAAACCAUGGGAGCUUUAUGAGCAUUUGCAAGAAGAAAAUAAAUUGGAAGAUUGUAUGCUCGUGGGGAAAAUGGAUGUCUGUUGUAAGAUUAGUUCGCAGGCGCAGCGGGCGUCCAUUACUUCCAAACGACGACCGUCGCUCAUACAUACCACCAUUCAACCGCAAUCACCGCCGCCACCACCUCAACCACAACAACAACAACAAUCCACUGCUACUACUGGUACGAGAUCGGCCAAGCGACCGUCACUCGUUCUGGACGACGGUACCAUGACACGGGCUGCCAAACGACCCUCGUUGACUCUGCAGGAGAACAACAAAAAACGACGCGAUUCACUCUUUUCGGGAAUAGUAGCCGCUCUUCCGCCAACUGCCAGUGAUGAAGAUAUCUAAGCUAGCUAGCUACAUGUACAUGUGGCUAGCUAGUUUCGUACUUGUCAGCGCAACAACCGACUCAUUACACUAUCGAGUUGGUCGGAUGAAACCGCAAUAAACAUUGAUCACAGAAAUAUAGAAAUUUACCGAAGGCGCACUACAAAACCAAAACAGAACAAAUCUGCUUCCGAUUUCUUUCGGCGCUUCACUGGGCUCCUAUUGCUUGCAAGGAGGCGACACAGGUUUACUCGGAGAUACGGUGAGCUACCGUACCGUAUGGUAACCAAAUUACUGAUACUAAUGCAUAAGGGCUAGCUAGUCUGUAGAAAACUCCCAAUCAAAUAAAAUUAUGAGUUUGGUAUCU